AUGUCUAGGAUUAUAGAUGAGUUGAAAUUAUUCUUGACCAACUUAUCCAAAGGAUCAGAUACUGUCGACACAAACGAUCUAAUGGAUUCGGGAAUAGCUGACAAAACGGUAAUUUUAAAUAUAAAAGAGAAGCUUGGUGAUAGUCCUUGGAACGUCCAAAAAUUAAUCAACCUAGGAAUAGACGUGAUAGAAGAAAAUAAUAAUAAGGGUGAUACAUAUGAUGAUGAUAAUAAUAAUAAGGGUGAUACAUAUGAUGAUGAUAAUAAUAAUAAGGGUGAUACAUGUGAUGAUAAUAAUAAUAAUUAUGAUUAUAAUGAUGAUUAUGAAUUGGAAGUAAAACACGAUAGUAGUGAUAAUAUUAUCUCAGAUGUUGAAUGGGAAAAAAUAUGUUCUGAUUAUGAAAAAUUUACAAGUGGUAAUGUCGAAGAUAUUAUUGAUAAGGAUGUCCAUGAUAUUAUGAAAUAUGAAAAAAAAAAAAACGAAAAUAAUGACAAUAAUGAUCAUAAUAAUGAUCAUAAUAAUGAUGAUAAUAAUGAUGAUAAUAAUGAUGAUAAUAUUGAUCAUAAUGAUGAUAAUUAUGAUGAUAAUUAUGAUGAUUAUUAUAAUAACCAUCGUGUGUAUUGUGAUAAGGACAAUAAUAAUAAUAAUAUAUAUCACGAUUAUAACAUUAUUAAUAUUAAUGAUGAUGAUAAUUUUUACGUUAAGUAUGUAAAAUAUAAAAAAUGUAAAGCUAUAGAAGAAUUGUUAAAAAAUAUGGUAAGCGAUAAGAAAAUGUUUAGUAACUAUCCAAUAAUAAAAGAAUUUAUUUUAUUAUUAAUUUUUUUAUUUCAACGUAUAAGAGAAGAAGAUGAAUGUAAAAAUGUGGGCAAUAUAAAUAAUAUUAAAAAUGGGGAUAAUAUAAAUAAUAUUAAAAAUGUGAGCAAUAUAAAUAAUAUCAAAAAUGUGGAUGGAACAAAUUUUUCAUGUUUUGAAAAAAAGAAAGACAAAAAAGUAAAGCUCACUAAGCUUAGAUCUAACAGUUGUAUGACUGAAAAAAUAGAUAACACUCAAAAUUCAUAUGACAUUAAAAAUAUUGGAAAAGAAAUAAAACACAUAAAUAAUAUAAUGAGUGAUGAAACUAUUUUUCCGUUUUAUAAUAAUUUAAAAUUAAAAGAAGAUCAUGUACAUACAUACAACACAUUAGACCAUGAUAAUAUGUUGUUAACAUGUAUUGAUAAAGAAGAAAAAGAAAAUAUGAGACAUUGUAUGAAGAGUAAUAGAUGUUUUAAUUAUUUAAGUAAUGAUGAAAAUGGACGAAUUUAUAUAUAUAAUAAUAAUGAUAAUAUAAAAAAUAAUAAAAAUUAUAAAAUGUCACAUAAUAAAUUUUACCAAAUAGAUAGAUAUUUAGAAGAACCCUUUUGUACCUUUCCAAUAUAUAAUAAUAUAUUUUGUAAUUUAGUACAUAAAAAAAAAUCAAUGUAUCCAUAUAACAUCGAUGACAUAAAACAUGCACUUAAUAAUGAAAAUAUAAAUAAAGUAUGCGAGACUCUAUUCAAAUAUAUGCAUUAUAUUAGAAGAAGUAAAAAUGAAGAGUUGAAGAAAAGGUCCAUUAAUAUGAUUAUUCUUUUAUUAUAUCUAACCUAUAUCUCUUUUGGUAUUUAUUUUUUAAAUACAUAUAAUAUAUAUAUAAGAUUAUAUUAUUUAUAUAAAGAAUUUCAAAUAUUCAAAAAAACAAAUAAUAAUAUACAAAAAAAGUUAAAUAAAAAAAUUCAACAACAUCUUCAUCAACAUAAACUAAGUGAACAAUACAUACAAGAAUAUGAUAAAUUAAAAACAAGUUUUCUACAAUUAAAAAAAGAAAAUGAAAAACUUAAAAAUUAUAAUAAAGUUAUUCAAAAAUUAAAAAACAAAAUUGACAUUAUGAAAAUAGAAAAAACAAUUAUCAUGAAAAAAAAAGAAGAAGAAUUAAAUUAUCUAAUUAAGCAAAAAAAUGUUUUAUUAAAUCAAAAUCAUAUUACACACAAAACAAUCAAAAGUAAAACAUUUAAUAACAUUAUUAAAAAAACAUCUCCUGUGAUAAAAAAAAAAAAUUACUUAAAAAAGAACACGUUACAAUCAACAAAUACAAAAAUCUACUUCAAAAAUAAGCAUAUACAACUAUCACAGGGUCUUAAUACACCUAUCGAUAGUACAUCACAAAAUAAUUCCAUACAUGAUACAUAUUCAUCAGAAGAAAGAGAAAAUAUUAAAAUAAAUUCUGUUAAAAUAAAUGAUGAACAAAUUAAUAUUAAACAUAAUGAAAAAACAAACAAAUGUUACUAUACCUCAACAGAAAAUUAUGAUAAAAAUAUAUUCACAUAUUCAAAUAUAUGUAAAAAUGAACAAACUGUACUACAAGGCAUAAAUAAUCAUUAUGAAGAAAAUAUAAAACAUAUGGUAACAAGUAAAAAAAAUCAAAAUAAUAUAAAAAAAAUAUAUACUAAUGUUCACACACAAUGUGAUAUUAAAACAAAUACUACUAAAUGUGCAAAAUGUAUAAAUGAUAAAUUAACGCCAAAGCAAGAAACACAAAAAAAUAUAUAUAAUAAUAAUAAUAAUAAUAAUAAUAAUAAUAUUAAUAAUAAUAAUAAUAAUAAUAUUAAUAUGUAUAUUUUGAAAAACAUCAAUUCUACAAUUAUUCAAACAACAUUUUAUCAAAACAAAUUUUAUAAAAUCAAAGGUAUUCUAAAUUAUGAUGAUAAUUAUUUUAUGCCUUUAUAUAUUUUUUAUAUGAAGAAAAUUAAUUAUAAAGAAUUAAUUGAAAAUUAUUUUUUAUAUAAUAAAUAUUUUUAUAUUAAUGAUCUAUUUCAACUAAAAAUAAAUACGAAUUAUAAUGAUCACCAUGUUAUAAGUAAAAAUAGAAACCAUCCAAAUGGACACCAUCAUAUAUAUUAUUAUUUAUAUUAUUUAUAUUAUUAUGAUUGUAUGAUUAAUCAACAUAUCGUCCAAAAUAUAAAUGGACAGGGAAAACAAACUGAACUAAACCAUGAACAGAAUAAAAAUACAUAUAAAGAUUUUAUUAUGAAAAAUAAAAAAGAAUUUAUUUUAUUCGAAAAUAAGAUAAACAUGCUACAUAUAACAAAACCUAUGUUCAAUAUCAAAUAUAUUAAUAAUAUUUUAAAUUUAUAUGAUUAUGAUAAAGUAUUUCAACAGUACUCAUCUUUAACAAAUUCAUAUCAUAAGAACCUUCAUGAUCUUCUUCCCAUGUUUCAUACACAUUAUCAUUAUUAUUAUGAUUACUCUAUAUGUUCGCAAAAAAAAGAAUGCUCACAAGAAAUUAUUUAUUUAUAUAACAAAAUGGAUAAGAUAAACAAAAAUGAAGUUUUUAUAGAAAAAGAAAAAAACAUAUGUAUAAAAAAUAAGAAAAAUUAUAAACUGACUAAUAUAAAUAAAUGCUACCAAAAAUCAACUUUUAAUAUGUAUUUCAAUCUAUUAAAACAAACACAACAUAUAAGGAAACAAAUAUACAUCUCCAAUGUAAAAUUAUGUAAUAUUAUAUCUAGUGAUGAUAAUAUUAUUAUUAUUAUCAACAAUAAAAAUACUCAUAAACAUAAACCAACAACUAAUAAUAAUAAAUAUAAUCAUAAUAAUAUAUAUUAUUAUUCAUACUUUAAACUACACCAAUUAUUAUUAAAAAAAAAAUAUAUACACUUUCCUACAGAUACAUACAAAACACAUCUCUACUGCUCACAUUUCGGAUAUAUAUACAAAACUAUUAUUUCUCUUAAAAAAAAAUAUAAACAAUAUUUGUUCUUUAAUAAAUAUAUUAAUAAUUUAAACAAAUUCAAACAUAAAUAUUUGAUAAUGAAUACAUAUAAAUUCAAAAAAAAAAAAAAAAAAAGAAAAAGAAAAAGGAAAACACACAUACAUUAUAUACCAUAUAAAAAUAAUUUAAAUACUAAAAAUACAAUAUCAAAUAAACUAAUCAAAUAUAAAAAAAAAAUUUAUAAAGAUAAAAUUAUUAAUACCAAUUUUUCUUAUCAUAAUAUCUUAAUCAAAUCCUUAUAUAUAUUUAAUUUAAUCUUUUUUCUAACUUUUCUCUUAUUAUUAGAUGUGUACAUUUUAGAUCAUACAUUACUCUCUGGUCUUAUUUAUAUCCUAUGUAUUCUACUAUUCCUUUUAACAUCACUUUUUAGAAGUAUUGUAUAUUUAAUUAAUAUCCCUUUAAAUAAAAAAAUUAUACCACAACACUUUUUAGAUACCUUUUCGGUUCAUUUUGUGAAAAUAGUAAAUUAUAUGCAGCUCUACUUUUAUGAGAAUAAUGAUGAUAUAUAUGGUAUAUAA